AUGAAUAUUUCUGAGAUGGCACGAGAUGACAACUUCACUAACAGCUCCUUCAACUGUACGAUUGACAGUUUCAAGCAAGCCAUUUAUCCUAUCAUGUAUCUCUUUAUCUUCUUCCUGGGUACUGUUGGAAAUGGCCUCUCCAUUUAUGUUUUCUUCCAGCCUUCGCAGAGGAAGAGCUUGGUAAACAUUUACAUGCAGAACUUGGCUGUUUCAGAUCUCAUGUUUGUGAGCACUUUGCCCUUUCGGGCCACAUAUUUCCUGUUGGGAUCACGUUGGAUAUUUGGUGAUAUUUUCUGCAGGAUCAUGACUUACACCUUGUACAUGAACAUGUACUGCAGCAUUUAUUUUCUCACUGUGCUCAGCAUGGUUCGUUUCGCAGCCAUUGUCUACCCUUUCAAACACUGGAAAGUAAUCAACAUGAAGUAUGCCAGGAUAACAUGCACAGCCAUAUGGGUCUUUGUGCUGGUGGCCUCCAGCCCUCUGUUAAGCAAGGGAAUCGCUGGGUACAGUAAUCCAGCCAAGUGCUUGGACCUCCACCCCUCCAGCACGCAGACGCUGCUCGUGAUGAACAGCUUUGUCCUUGUCAUGGGCUUCAUUCUGCCAUUUUGCAUAAUUAUUGUGUGCUACAUCUUUGCAAUCAAAGCGUUGCUCAAGUCCAGGACUCCACAGUGCAAGAAGGCGGUCUGUCACAAGAAGGCAUUGUCAACCAUCAUCAUCACUCUCAUCCUCUUCCUCCUCUGUUUCCUGCCGUAUCACAUACUGCGAACUGUCCAUUUGGUGCACAGCAGCUGCAGCCAGGCCAACUUGCCCGUGCACAAAGCACUGGUGGUUGCUCUUUGCCUUGCUGCCAUGAACAGCUGCCUUGAUCCCAUCCUCUAUUACUUCGCUGCUGAAAAUUUCAAAGCGAGAAUCAGAAGUUUGGAAGCACAUAGCCAGGAACAGGAGGAAAGAUGGGCGGCAGAGGAGGAGGAGGAGGAGGAGGGCCGUUUUAGAAAGCAAUGGGGAGCUACACCUGUGUGGACUUUGGAAAAUCUCAUCAAAUGGCUGCCUGCAUUUUUAAACAUAGACAGAUUUUCUAAAAUAAGCUCACUGCAACCUGAACCACUUGACCCCCAGCACAAGGAAAUCCCACUCUUCACAUUGGCUUUUUAG